UUAAACGCUUGCCGUUCAGUCAGUUCCCAUCUGGAGCUCUUCAUGUUCAUUUGAACCACUCAGCCCGUGGACAAGGAGAAGAGAGGUUGUCGACAAGGAAUCUGGGAAUUCUGACUGCCAGUCAAACCCAGCGUAGCUUUAUGGCUUCUGAUAAGGUGGGAGUCGAUCUCAAGGGAAGCAUUUCUGGAGGUAAAAAUAUAAAUGUGGAACAACAAAUCUGGUUUGCCAUGGAGGGUGAUGAAAGCGGGAAAAUCCCUCUGGAUUUUCACUUUUGGCCUGGUGUUCCCACAGUGCUGGAAUUUUUUUUUUCAGGAAACAGGGACAGUUUGUGUUAGUAAGUAACAAACAUAAAGUGGUGCGUUUUAGGGUGUUUUAUUUUCAGAAAUAUGAUACAAAAAAGAGGCCGAAGUUGAUGUUGCCUCCUCUGAUCCACUGGGACCUUUGUUCCACUGGACUGCCUGAUUGGUCGCACUGAUUGAUGAUGUCACCCGUGUUUCAGUCCCCGCUGGGGGGGCAUCAAGCGCAGAAGAAGAAAGCAGCUCCAGAUGGAGUUUGCGCGCGCUGGGAUUGGAGCUGCGUCUCUGUCGAGCGCAGCAGAAGGAAACGGCUGCUGCGCGCUGCCUGAAUGAACUCACCCUGCUGUCAAACGCAGCGCAGCAACGCGCCAUGGGGGACGGCGGCGCGUCCUCUCCAGUGACCCCCCACAACGGCACUGGAACCGAGGCGUCCAACGGGCAGGGCACCGUUCCAGCCGCGUCCGAGCAGUGGACAGCAGGCAUGAGUCUGGUGAUGGCUUUGAUUGUGCUGUCCAUUGUUUUUGGGAAUAUCCUGGUGAUCUUGGCCAUAGCCAGGACGCAGAGGCUGCAGACCCUCACCAAUGUGUUCAUCGUAUCGCUGGCCAGUGCAGAUCUCAUCAUGGGCUUACUUGUUGUGCCGUUUGGCGCUGUGCUCGAGGUGCGCGGCUUGUGGCUUUACGGCUCUUUUUUCUGUGAGAUCUGGACCUCUGUGGAUGUCCUCUGCGUCACCGCCAGCAUAGAGACCCUGUGCGUAAUCGCCAUAGACAGGUACGUGGCCAUCACUUCACCUUUCCGCUACCAAAGCUUGUUAACCAAAAGUCGGGCCAAAGCGGUGGUGUGUGUGGUGUGGGCCAUCUCUGCGCUGGUCUCCUUCCUCCCCAUCCUGAUGCACUGGUCCCGCGACAGCAUGGACACGGACUGCUACGAAAACCCCCAAUGCUGCGACUUUGUCACCAACAGGGCAUAUGCCAUCUCCUCCUCCGUUAUCUCCUUCUACAUUCCUCUCGUGGUGAUGAUUUUUGUUUACGCACGCGUGUACAGAGAAGCGAAAAAGCAGCUCAAAAAGAUCGACAAGUGUGAGGGCAGGUUUCACAACACCCUGACAGGGCUGACCUCCAAGUGCAAGAAGAGACCUUCAAAGAUCUUGGCGCUCAGGGAGCAAAAGGCGCUGAAAACUCUGGGAAUCAUCAUGGGGACGUUCACUCUGUGCUGGCUGCCCUUCUUCAUAGUCAACGUUGUGCGCGUAUUUUGCGCAGAGCUUGUGGACAAGAACGUCUUCGUGUUCCUGAACUGGCUGGGUUACGUGAACUCUGCCUUUAACCCAAUUAUUUACUGCCGGAGUCCGGACUUCAGGAAGGCUUUUAAGAGGCUGCUGUGCUGCCCGAGGCAAGCCGAUCGCAGGCUGCACAUCAGCUCCUGCGACCUGACGCGCUGCUCCGGCGGGUUCGUGUCAGCGCUGGAGCCUGGCACGCUGGAGAUGUGGUCCGACUGCGCCGUGUUGGACAGCAGCGACAGCAUCCUGGUGGGGACGAAGCUGCCGCGAUCUGAAUCCCAGCUGUGAGGUGGAUUAAUGCACUCUUAUGGGAAACUCAAAAACAAAACAGAAAUAACUUGAUGAUCCUUCUUUCUCAAAAGCUGUGCGUAAAAGUCAUCCUCCAAAUUAGCUAGAAUUUUUUUAUUGCAAUUUCCCAUCUGAAUCAAUUCACAAUGCCGACGGAUAACGAUUUAUUUUAUAUAAAUCUGCACUUUGACUAAUUAAAACGCAAAUCUUCCUUUCAUGGAGGAAGAACGAACACCUAAGCAGAAAAUGUUUCAUCAUAAAUCCGUGGGAUAACUUUCUUCUCUCCUCUCUGGAGAAGGGGAGAAAAAAAAAUAUUGCUCCACCUUAACGAAGUACAACAGUUCAUCUGUAAAUGGCGGCUGAUGCGCACUUUUCAUGAGCAAAAACCUUUUGUCCAAGUGUUCAAUUCCUCUUACAAUGUGUUUUACCUCACAGCAAAGACAAGUGCAAUUUGUAUGACAUGUUGUUGUUUAUAUUAAACAUGAUGUAAAAUAGCUCUGCAUUUACUCUGUCUUUUUCAGCUGGGAAAUGAAGGACAGGUGAUUGUAUAUAAUGAAGUGUUAAGCACUAAAGGGAGGAAACUGGGCCUCUCUGACUGUCUGUCUCUCUUAUUUUAAAUGCUGUUAUGAGGUGGUGCUUCUGUGAAAAUAAAAGAUGGUUUCAUUCUUAAA